GAAGAAGAGAAACAAAAUAACGAAAAAUAAAUAAAAAAAGUAUUUCUCGUUGACAAAACGAGAUACGAUUCCUAGCAAAUUUGACGAUUCAUCGAUCAUUUCUCUUCUGUAAAAUUAGUGAUUGCCUCUUCUGAUUUUUUUCGUUUCGGAAUCGAGAAGUCUUUUGACGAUCGUUAGACUCUACGAACCAUGUUCAAUUUCUGGGGAUCAAAAGAACAACAAGGGCAGUCUCGUCCUUCUUCAGAAGCGUCUGCACAACCGUGGUAUUCACCGUCUCUGGUCACCUCGCCGAGUUCAUCCCGGCCUCAAACAUCGGGGCAGAUUCCAUCACAUGUUUCACCUGGUGAAGCUGCCGGCAUUAUUGCAUAUUUGAAAGACAAAAGUGUGGAUGAGCUCAGGAAGCUUCUGUCUGACAAGGAUGCGUAUCAACAGUUUCUGCACUCGCUUGACCAGGUCACAAUUCAAAACAACAUCAGAGAAGAGCUUCGCAAAGAAACAUUACAUCUAGCUAGGGAAAAUUUGGAGAAGGAACCACAGAUAGUGGAGCUCAGAAACCAGUGUAGAAUAAUCCGUACAACCGAGCUUGCAACUGCUCAAGAGAAGCUCAAUGAGCUAGAGAAUCAAAGAGAUGAAAUCCUCAAAUUCUACUCUCCAGGCUCUCUCCUUCAUAGACUUCAAGAUGCUAUGAACAAGGCCGAUGAAGAAUCCGAGGAGCUGCAACAGAAGUUCAUGGAGAAGGAUAUUGAUACAGCUGCAUUUGUGCAGAAAUACAAGAAGCUAAGAAGUCAGUAUCAUCGACGCGCUUUGAUUCAUCUUGCUGCUAAAACUUCAUCCAUCGGUUGAAGUAUAUGUUUUGUUUUUCUUUUCUUAAUUCGGUGUGUAAGUAAAAGAAACAAGUUUAAAAAUGGUUCACUAUUGAGAUCUAUCUGAAUAUCAAUAUUAUUGGAUUACAGAAUCAUGUUAUGAUCUCUGAGUCUGAAUCUUGUAAUGUUCUUUCUGAAUUUGAAUAGUUUUGUUA